CAUCACCAUCGCCAUCAGUUUUUUUAAAGAGGUGUCGGAGUUUAGGUUUGGCCAUGGGCCUGGGUUUUUUAUGUAGUUUUCUACGUUGUAGUUUAUGUUUAGCAGUUCAGCCGAUGUUUUGCGCUUUAGCUUGACCUUUAAUUGGUUCGAUGGUUUAAGUUUGAGUUCGCUGGUAGGAAUGGUGGGAUCGUGAACGCGCCACACCAACUACAGUGCAUUGAGAAUGGAAGCACCAGAACAAAGUUGGAAGAAAGUGCUGUAUGACGACCAAAGUGUUCCUGACAAUUAUGUCGACCAAUCAUUUCUGGGCCAGCUGCGUAAAAAUGUGAACCUGGUCCAUUUCAGUUUUACUGAAGCACUAUAUGGCGUCACUGGCAUGGUGCAGCAAAUUUGCCGAACAGUCCUGUUUGCUGUGCUCUUUGGUCACCUGCAGGGAGGCCUGCUGCAUCCCUCCGACCUUUUUGUUGGGCUGGCCUUACUUGGCUGGCCAAUAUACUUGCUCUAUGCAUUUGCGCAGAAAAGGAAAACUGGUGAAGUGGUGGAGGACCUUCGCAGAGCGGCCAUAUUUGUGGCAUUUGGAUCAUCUUUGGCACCCAUCAUGGGCACUUUGACCGAAACCAUAAGCACUGACACUGUGUAUGCUAUGGCUGCUGGGGCGCUGCUGCUACAUGUGGCCUGCCAUGACUAUACUCCUGGUUUGAGGAUACAAGGAGUUUGCACAACAGAAGCGCCAGAACCAGCUUCUGAUGAUGGACCAUGGGCUGCUAUAUCACUAAAUGGUGCCCUCUUUGGUGCGGUGUGCCUUGCCUCACGGCUUACUGGCAGUGGCCCUGUGCUUGCCCUCUCUUCCUUGGCAGUUGCCCUUUUUCUGCUGGCUCCCUUGUUGGCCUCCUGGGUGCAGGACCGCUGGCCUAGGCUGCAGGUGGCACUAACACUAAUUCAUGGAAUACUGGCAUUGUCAAGUUGCUGGCAGUUGAGUCCUCCCUUGGCUGCAGCACUGGCCUUAGCAUUACUGGCUGUAGGCCUGGUUCUUCCAGGGCACUUCGUUUACUGCCACCAGUACAGACAGAGUAUCCAUGGCCCAUGGGAUGAGGCAGUAAUUGAUGGCCAGCCACACUAAGUGCACUUGGAAGUUACCUGAAGUGUGCACCAGUUUCAAAGGCCAGAAGCUGAAGCGCUGGAAUGCAACCUUGCAUGAAAACACCAGCAGAUUUCAUUGCUGUGUUUUAAAUCACAUGCCUUGUGAUGCUGCUAUGAAAGCAAAUGUGCUUUCC